AUGCCUUUGCAGAAAGCACUACUUAUCGCUAUCGAUUACCGCGGUAAGGAUGCACUGGUAGGACCCGGGCACGGCGUUUACGAACUCAAGGAAUUACUACUUGGAUCGGCCAAGCUGGCUACGACCAAGAAAAAACAACAUUUCGCGGGGCAUGCAUCUCAAGAGCCUGCUGACAAUGAUCCCAAUGAGGAGGAUGGUCAGGACGAAGGUAGAUAUAUUUUCUGGUCAUUUGUCAUCCGGCGCUCUGAGCACCUUGAAGAGCUUCUUGCCGAGGACGGCCUCCCUAUCCGUGACAAUGACCUACGGGCCCUACUCGUCGACCCACUUCCAGCAGGAAGUAGUCUCGUGGUAAAGUUACUGUUUUAUGGGAUGUAUUCGCUGCUAAUCAGCUCCGGGAUCUGGAAUAAAGACCUGGAGCACUAUCAUUGCAAUGCACCUUGGAAUCCUGCGAGGAAGACCUCACCCAUAGUACUUCGCCAUCAUCCAGCACCGGAUUCUCGUCCGUCAUUCCUUCAUCGAAGAAGUAGCUCGUCAUCUUCUUUGGGUCGCAGAAUGUCUUGGGCAUCUCCACCUGCGAUCAAUACAGAAGAUUCAUGGACUAGGAUUAUAUGCACAGGCGACUGCCCUCAGAUUGAUAAUGAAGUAGCCAACGUUGUCUCAAUAUCGGCCUGCAUGGAUUCUCAGCUUUGCUGGGAGGAUUCCGCCGGAAAUUCUAUUACUCAUGUUUUGGUGAAUUAUUUGAGGAACAAUCCAGACAGCACUUUGUACGAGGUGGUUCUGGAACUCAGUCGUAAGCUCCAGCGGGUAGGAUGGGAGGUUGAACGACAACAAUCCAUAGAAGGUGAUCCUAUGAAUCCCGGACAGGUCUAUCAGCUCCCGCAGAUCGGAAGCCACUGCACUCUCGACUUGGAUAGCCCGUUCAUCCUGUAG